GAGAGCCGAAUAUCGUAUAUAGAUAGCGACAUUUAAUUGGUCAAUAGAGUAUAUAAAGCGAAUCUGGAAUUUGGUCAGGCAAGUUGUGUCUACGACAAUACAGAGUUUGGACACUUAGCGUAUUAUCUUUUUCGAAAAGCAAAAUGAAAGCCGCAAUUAUCAUUGCACUUGUGACCUACUUGGUCUAUGUAAGCUCUGAUGAUUCCGUUCUACUGGACUGUGAUACCAAUAUAACGGAGAAUCAUACAAUGGUUCGACACCCAUGCAGCUGCACCACUUACUUCGUUUGUCUGACCGACCCACCAAUGCCCAUGGAAUGUCCUUCUGGUCUUUACUUCGAUGAAGAUAAGCAAGUUUGCAACUACAAAAUUAACGUCAAUUGCAGAAUAAAGCCAGGAUGUAGAACUUUCUAAAUGUGGUUUAAAAAUAUUAAAAAUAUUCAAAUGUUAUGUAUUCAUAAAUAUCACGCUAUUAUUAUUACAAAUAAUUUAUAGAAAUGAAAAAAAGAAUUUCUGUAGCCAUUAAAUUGUUCGUUUAAUGUUUCAAAAACUCUAAUUAUUAUUGCCGACUCGCAUAUUUUAAGUUGUCUAUUAUUCAUGUAAUACGGUGUAUACUUCAUUAUGUAAAAAUAGAUUUUAUAUUAUAUUUGUUCUUCUUA